AUGGGCGCAGACAAAUGGGACGAAUAUUUUAGGAUGUUAGAGCGUACCGUGAGGGACUCUGUGUACAAGUUCUGCAAAACGAUCUGUUUGGUUUACGGGCAACGAUAUUUGCGCAAACCAACUAUCAACGAUAUCCACCAAUUGUAUACGGUGCAUGAAGGCAAACAUGGAUUCCCUAGAAUGCUAGGUAGUAUCGAUUGCAUGCAUUGGAGUUGGUCAUUAUGCCCUAACACAUGGCGUGCUGGUGCAAACAAUGACAUCAACGUGCUAGACCAGUCGCCUGUAUUCAACGAUAUCUACAUUGGAAAGUCACACGAUGUACCUUUUCAAGCAAAUGGGGUAGCAUAUAAGCGUGGAUACUAUCUUACUGACGGUAUAUAUCCUCCAUUGUCUGUUUUUGUGAAAUCGUUUACAUGUCCUAACGACCCGAAAAGGAAAAAGUUUAAAGAGGUGCAAGAGUCAGCUAGGAAGGAUGUGGAGCGAGCAUUUGGUGUACUUAAGAGACGUUGGCAAGUACUAAUGGCCGGGGCAAGGUCAUAUGAGGUGAAAAUGUUACAACACGUAAUGUAUGCAUGUAUCAUAUUGCAUAAUAUGAUUAUUGAAGAUGAAAGAAUAGCGAUAUGCCGAUACAACGAAAAUGAAGUUUUGCCAAAUGUUGAAGGAGUAGCCAUUGGUACACAAAAGUAUAGGGUGAAUAGAAGAGAAGUACACAAUCGCGACAUUCAUCAGACCCUUCGUGCUGAUUUGGUGGAUCACAUUUAUAGGGCUCAUAUUCAGCCCCCGCACGAGUUAUCUCACGAUGAUUUGUUUGACGAAUCAGACGAGGAUUCUGAUAUGUUCGUCGAGAGUGAAGAUUCCGACGAUGAGAGUGACGCUGGGGAGAAUGAUGCAGAUGAUCAAGGCGAGGACGAAGACGAUGAUUCCGAGUGA